AGAGAAAGUGCCCAGGUUCCAUGGAGGGAUUACACAGUGAAUGGGAGGUUGGAGCUGAACUAAAGGCUCUCGGUGCGGUCCCUAAACCCUUUAUAGGGAGUCACGUGAGCGGCAAGUUAAUUCAGAGACUUAAGCAGGAUCUCCGGCAAUCCUGGGACAGAGGGCAGAGCCAGGCGAGACCCACUUGCACUCUCCCACAGCCUCUCCCGGCCCCACUUGGCAGCUCCGUGCCCAGCGCCUCUGCCCAAACUCAGGUAUCCAGGUUGGUACCGGUCGCGCCACCGCAACCAGAUCCCGCCAUGUCAGUGCUGAACGCAGUCCCUUUCAUGAGGCCCAUCCACUUGCGCUCCCCGCGCCAGCAGAGACGCCACACGCUGCCCGCCAGUGAGUUCCGCUGCCUCUCCCCGGAGGAUGCCGUCAGUGUGUUUGAGAUCGAAAGAGAAGCGUUCAUCUCCGUCUCCGGCGAUUGCCCCCUCCAUCUGAAUGAGGUGCGGCACUUCCUGACCCUGUGCCCGGAGCUGUCGCUGGGUUGGUUUGAGGAGGGCAGGCUGGUGGCGUUUAUCAUUGGCUCGUUGUGGAACCAGGACAGGCUGAGCCAGGACGCACUCACCCUACACAAAGCGGAAGGUUCCUCGGUCCAUAUCCACGUUCUGGCCGUGCACCGUACGUUCCGCCAGCAAGGCAAGGGCUCCAUCCUGCUGUGGCGCUACCUCCAGUACCUGCGCUGCCUGCCCUUUGCCCGACGGGCCGUCCUUAUGUGCGAAGACUUCCUGGUCCCCUUCUAUUCCAAGUGUGGCUUCAAGGCUGUGGGACCCUGCGACAUCACGGUGGGACCCCUGACCUUUAUCGAGAUGCAGUGCCCAGUACAAGGUCAUGCCUUCAUGCGCCGAAACAGCGGCUGCUAGCCCCCCCCCCCGCCCAACUCCCAUAUCCAGUUAACCCCUCUGCAGCUGGAGGGGUCAGUAAUGCGCCGCAGUGCAGUGUCUUCCUGGCCCAGCUGAUGGCAGAGGGGCGCGACGAACUGCAACAGGGGCAUCUGGGGGUUAAUAACCUGCAGUUCAUGAUCAUAUCAAACAGCUUCUUGCAGCCCCUGUUUGCGCCCCCAUUCACUCACCAAUGCAUCUGCAACUGCCCCCCACUGGCAGACGUGAUGUACAACCAUUGUAUAAAUACAGCCCCCCCCGUACCCACCUGUCACUGUACAAAAUCCACUCAUAUGUGUCUCUAAAUAAAUAUGCUUUUGUACCAGCA